UCCGUUUUUCGAGUCCACUCGUAACGGCACUGGCAUAACAAGCGGCGAUGCGCGCGCACCGUUCCCGGCCGGUGCGAGAGACGAGGACAGCGCAUCGAUACUGCGAGAGAUCGAGCGAUAGGAAGGGAACAGUGUGAAGGGAGCGGCGAGCGAGCGAGACAGAGCGUAACGAAGACAGGUACGAAGCGAGGGAGAAAGGCGAGGGACGACUCCGCUGACUCAUCUGCGUGUAGUCGUGCAGCGUGUGCGAAAUCCACGAGUCACAUUUCCGAACUUGCUCGUGUUUACACGACAGUAAGUUCAAUCCGCUUUCACUCUCCUCGCUUCGUCCCUCGUUUCCUAGCUUCGUUCCAUCUCUCGCAUCGCCGUCGUGUCUCUUCUAGCGGGCUGUGCGGACUUGCGGUGCGUGCGUGCGCGCAUACUUGAUGCGUGUAUGUGUAGUGGAAGUUUACGUGUGCGUAUAUAUUUGCGCGUGCGCACGGGGCACGUAUGCGUUAUGUACAUCGUGUGGCCGCAGUGAUACACCGUUCCCGUGUUGCGAGACGUUUUUGGGCUGAGAGCGCGCACUACAAAGCGAGAUUUGUUGAAGGACGAGAGCCGCGUCCGGCGGCGACAACAACAACAACGACGACGACGACGACGACAACGACGACGACGACGACGACGACGACGACGACGACGACGACGACGAGCGAGUUCGUCUUCGAUACGCAACGACUAGUACCGAGUACGAGGUGACCGACAGUCACAGUGGCUAGCGAGCGAGCAUACGGAGUGAAGUGAGUUGACGACGACGUCGCCAACGAUCGCGAUCCAAGACAAUAGAACGGCGUCGCGUUCGAGCGGUAACGCGAAUUCGUGAAGGCACGAUACCGAAAGACUGUGAAGUUGCAAGAAGGAAGUCGUAGAAGAAACGAUGAAGACUUGGACAGCGGCGGCGACAGCGACAGUGCUGGCGACGACAACAAGGCGCCCCCAGCGACGCACCUGAACCAACCGCUGACGAUUACGACGACGAUGACGACGUCGUGAUGCGUUGCACCGUGUCGCUCCAGUAUCGCGCAGCAGCAGGCACCUCGCUCCAAUUGUGACGCGACGGGUUCGUGACGUGACGCGACGAAAGCGGGACGGAGAAGACCUUGUCGGCACGCGAGCGAGCAAGCAAGCGAGCAAGCAAGCAAGCAAGCAAGCAAGCAAGCAAGCAAAGCAAGACGGGGAGGUGGUGAGGAAGAGGGAGAAAAAGAAAGAGAGAGAGAGAGAGAGAGAGAGAAAGAAAGAAAGAGUGAGACGGAAACACCCCUCCCGCAAGACUCUUUUCUGUGCUGCAGCGAGCGGGAAAGAGACGGACGUAAAUUAAAAGAGUGUGUGUGCGCGCGCGCGCGCGCGUGUGUGUGUGUGUGCGUGCGUGCGUGCGUGCGUGCGUGUGUAAUCUGUGUAUAUGUUCUGUGUACGUGCACCUUUUCCUCGGGGUCGCGUUUCAUUUGACACGACGUCGCACGUCGACGACGUAAGCACGCCGAGCGAUUACCGUUCGCCGUUCGCUCUCGGGUGAAGCGAGACAGACGCCGCACACGUAUACAACACAGGGAACCGAGCGUAGCGCACCCGCAAGACUCGACGAGAGAGUCCCCGAUAUCUCCCGUAUACUUUUUAACUCCACUCAGCCGUCCAGCGCGGUUAUACGAAGAAACGGCGGUGCACUUGUGUUUACGCUAGAAGUAUUGACCGGCCACCACGGCGACCAUGUACGCGAAGGGAAAAGGGUCGGCGGUGCCCUCGGACUCUCAGGCGAGGGAAAAAUUGGCGCUUUACGUGUACGAAUACCUGUUACAUGUAGGAGCACAAAAAGCAGCACAAACGUUUCUGUCAGAGAUUCGAUGGGAGAAAAAUAUUACGCUGGGAGAGCCACCUGGGUUUUUACAUUCUUGGUGGUGUGUCUUUUGGGAUCUAUACUGCGCAGCGCCCGAAAGAAGAGACUCUUGUGAACAUAGCAGUGAGGCCAAAGCAUUUCAUGACUAUGGAUUCGUGAAUAGUGCUUACAACGUCAAUGGAAUUGCACAUAAUGCUGGGCCAGCCCCAUCUCCAAUUGGUCAAAUGCCACCAAAUGAUGGAAUGCCUGGUGGUCCUAUGCCUCCUGCUUUCUUCCCAAACAACUCGACAAUGCGACCAUCUCCGCCCACACACCCCUCAUCACAGCCAUCCCCCCAGCACCCCCAGCCACCCCCGCCCCCACACUCGCAGAUGAUGUCCACCCAGUUUAUGGGCCCUAGAUAUCCAGCAGGACCACGACCUGGAGUACGUAUGCCACAAAUGGGAAAUGAUUUUAAUGGACCACCAGGACAACCAAUGAUGCCAAAUAGUAUGGAUCCUACCAGGCAAGGCGAAGCUGGAGAAUUUGUAGGGUGGCAAGGUCCACCAGGAAUGAACCCAAUGAAUCCAAGAAUGAAUCCUCCCCGAGGACCAGGGAUGGGACCGAUGGGUCCUGGAAGUUAUGGCCCAGGUAUGAGAGGUCCACCACCCAACAGUACUUUGGGUCCAGGUGGACCAGGAGGUCCUGGAAUGCCACCGAUGAGUAUGGCUGCUCCAGGUGGUAGACAACAAUGGCAACCCAACACAUCUACGCCAAUGAAUUAUUCGUCGUCAUCGCCGGGCAACUAUGGAGGGCCGCCUGGAUCAACGGGUCCGCCUGGACCCGGUACACCCAUUAUGCCUAGCCCACAGGAUAGCAGCAAUAGUGGAGGAGAAAAUAUGUAUACCAUUAUGAAGCCUGUACCUGGAGGAAAUAUGCCGGGUGAUUUUCCAAUGAGCGGUGGACCUGAAGGCGGUCCAAUGGGACCUAUGGGUCCUAAUACAAUGGGUCCGGUUCUAAACGGUGACGGUCUCGAUGGGAUGAAGAACAGUCCAGCGAAUGGUGGUCCUGGAACACCACGGGAAGAUAGCGGCAGCGGAAUGGGUGAUUAUAAUCUGGGUGGAUUCGGAGCUCCUGGAGAGAAUUUUUUUUAAAAAAUCAAGUCGUCUUGGAGCCAGCCCCGAGUUCGUAGAUGCCGUAGACUUCGCACAUGGUGUGCCGGUUAUAUACAUGUAAUGCGGAAAAACAUCGCAAUUUCGCUGCGUAUUCACGUGUUCCAUGGUGCGUUCCGGCUAGUUUCGCUAUAGUCCGGCACAUGUAGUGGUUCAAGCUCGUAGCAAGAGCGAAAAAGAAAAAAAAAGUUAAUGAUAUUCGUGUUAAAUGCAGCGUGCGAUCAUUAUCGAUUGCUCCUGCUCGAUUAGGAUUAGCACUUAAGCGCUCAUUAAUUGAACUACUAUCACUAAAUGGCGCAGAUACUUGAGCAACAAUUAUUCUUACACGUGCGCUUCGCCGUGUCUAGGAAUACGAUAUGUAUAUGCUUUGUUUAAAUACUCAAAAGGUUGCAAGACUAGAUAUUUUAUAAUUCUUUUUUUUACGUUACUAUGAUUAUA